ACAGAAAAUGAUUUGGAAGAAGUCGGUGGAAAGCGCUCUUGUUGCGUCUCAACAAACACAGUCAGUGUGCAGCUCAGCCAGCGCUGUGUCUGAACAGCCCCGGGGGGUUUCGGGUCCCAUAUUCACUCCCAAACCUUUCGGAUUGCUUUUUUAUUGUUGCAUGUAAGGAGGAAAACAGGCGCAAAGUGCGGUUUCUGAAUGGAGAAGCACAAAGUGCUGGACCAGCUCCUGAUGGAGCUCCACCGUUUCCUGCUCAUCCUGGACAGGGAGACUCUCAGUGGGAACGCCACCAUCCAGAAGGGAUUGCUGUCAGACCUCCUGCGGUCCUACGGAGCCUCAAGUGUCACAGGUGGUGAUGAGGAGUAUAUCUACAUGAAUAAAGUGGCUGUCUCUGGUAAGGACAAAGACGACAAAGAUGACCAUUUGGAUACCUUUGUCAAUGGAAAAGCAGCAAAACCUUUCCCAGUGCCACAGAAGAGCCUUCCUGACCUGCCGCCACCCAGAACAACUUUUCUUGUUUGUCAGGGUGUGGUGGGUCGGGAACCGUUCCCCUUACCUCCAGUUCCAGCUCCAGCCUGUAUAGAACCUUCAGAGAGUUACUAUGAGGAGGCUCAGCCCUACGAGGAAACGGUCAAUGAUCUGGAGUGGUCUGGCCUCCUCUCUAACCCGUGGAUGAGAGUGCUCAGCUCAGACAGUGUGGCUUAUGCUGUUGUCACUGGUGAAGAGGCAGAUGCAGUCAGCAGCUCGUACGAGUCCUACGACGAGGAGGAGGUGACCAGAGAAAAGUCGCCUUCAGCUCAGCACCAGUGGCCAUCAGCUGAGGCGUCUAUCGAGCUGAUGAAGGACGCCCGAAUCUGUGCCUUCCUGUGGAGGAAGAAGUGGCUUGGCCAGUGGGCCAAGCAGCUCUGUGUCAUCAAAGACCAUCGCCUUCUGUGCUACAAAAGCUCCAAGGACCAGACACCUCUGCUGGAUGUGAGUCUGUUAGGCUGCAGUGUGAUUUACAAAGAAAAGCAGCCAAAGAGAAAAGAGCACAAGCUGAAGAUCAUCCCAGUAGGAGGCGAGGCCAUUGUCUUAGGCCUGCAGAGCAAAGAACAGACUGAGCAGUGGCUUAAGGUUAUCCAAGAAAUAAGCCCUAAACCAGCUGAAAACUGUGAUCCUCAUCAUUCUGCAUCGGACUCUCCAAGGCUUAUUUGCACUAAGGGAGAUCUGAAUGAGAGACACUUGUUGUGCUCAGAGAGUGGCAGCAGCACAGACAGCCACACUGAAAUCACAGAAAACAAAGACGUGAAAAAAAAAUAUGGCCCAGGUUUAAUGUUCAGCAACCUGAUGAACAUCGGGAAGAAAAAACCAUCCUCGUUGGAGAGCCCCGAGAAAAGCGUAGACACCUCAGGUUACCUGAACGUGCUGGUGAACAGCCAGUGGCGGACGUGCUGGUGUCUUAUAAAGAACGGACAGCUGUGGUUUUACCAAGACAAGGGAAAGAACAAAGUGAGCCAGCCAGCGGUAAACCUGGAGGGCUGCAGCGUUUUGCCGGAUCCCAGCCCCGAGCAUCUCUACUCCUUCAGGAUCGACUUGGACGGCACACAGAUUGCAACCUUAGAGGCGAAAACAUCAGCAGAUAUGGGUCACUGGUUGGGCCUCCUGCUGUCACAGACGGGGACCAAAACUGACCCAGAGGACCUGACAUAUGACUAUGUUAACUCUGAAAGGGUCUCCAGCAUCGUCAAUGCCGCAAAGACUUCCUUAUACUUGAUGCUAAGGAGAUAUUCAGAGUCAAAUACAUACAUAGACGCCCUCCCUGCCCUUCCUCAAAACUCUGAUGAGCUGUACGAUGACGUUGCAUCGAUAGCUGAUGCUGAGGAUCCUGAAGAGAAUACCCUGCCGAACUGUGAUGAUGAAAACAAUCUCCAGGAUCACAAAGCAACACAGCCAGACAUUGCCAAAGACCCGGUAAAUGCAGAACAAGAGACAGACAACAGAAUCUACCUGGACCUGAUCCCCAUGCACUCCUUCCUCCAUACAUCAUGUGGAGUUAAAGCUUCUCCCCCUCCCAAAGAAGCUUCUAGAGUUUGUCCAAUCCCAGGAGAGGUUCAGAAGGAUUCCCCUUGCCAUGUUAAAGAGGUAAAGGUCACUUCAACAAACUGCACUGAGCCAGAUUCCAGCCCUGUGUUAAAUGGGCCAGAUUCAACUUCUUCCUCCAGCAAACCAGAUCAGCAGCGAUCACAGAGUCCCGCUGCCAUACAGCCACAAACUCAACCUGUCAAGACUCCAUCAGAAAGCCGGGAGAUCUCAAAGAGAAGCAGCCUGGGGUUCCCACAAGCUUUCAGCCCACAACCAGCACGGCCAAAGGCGCACACCAUAGGGACUUCCAGUGCGAUUGAGAUCAAACUUGGCAAGAACCGCACUGAGGCGGACAUGCGGCGCUACAUAGAUGAGCGUGAUCGUUUGGAGAAGGAGAGGGAGGAGGUGAGGAGCAGCCUGGCCAACCUGAAGAAGGAAAAGAGGGAAACAAAGGAGGAGCUCAGCACUUGCCAGGAUCCUAAGCGGCAAGCUACGUUAGAGGCCUCUCUGAAACAGAAGGAAGAAGCGUGUCGGGAGGCGGAACACCGCAGGGUGGAGGUUGAGCUUCGACUGGUGGAAGUGAAGGAAAGUCUGAAGAAAGUGGAGUCAGGGCCUUUCACACUGGGAACCACACUGGACAGCAGCCUGCAGGACCCCCCAAUGACUAAAGCUGCAACCUUGCCUAAUCCCCAAAUAUCAUUGUCAACACAAGCAGCAGCACCAGUAUCAUCUUCUUCAUCACCUUCCCAACCCUCUAACAACAGCAUGAGUGCAGAAUCCCCAGUAAACUCUGCCUCAGCUCUUAAAAACAGGCCCACUUCCAUCGUUGCCACAAAAGGCAACGUCCUGCAGAAAGCCAAGGAAUGGGAGAAGAAAUCCACCACUUAGAUGGAAACUUGGUAAAUCUGCACAAAGAAUUACAACCAUGUGGGAUUUUCUUACUAAGACUUUAAAGAGGCACAAGCUGAAACUUCUUGAACACCACUGGAUACUUUCUAACAUCAUGAAUUUGCUCAUUAGCUUAUUUUGCAAAGGAGCCAAUUUAAAUAACAGCAUUGAGGCCAGUUUUGCAGAUACAAGAAUGCAGCACAUAAAAAAAAAAAAAAAAAAAAAGAUUUUAAGCGGCAUUAGUGGCCUUUUAUUUUUGUUAUGCCGCAAAGGUUUCCGGAGUUGGAACUUGAAACCGGCUGCGUCAAGGACUGAGGCCCCUUAUACGGGUCGCAUGUACCGCUAUGCCACGCGCCCCCGCCCAAAAAAACCACUAAAGUUUUUAAACAGAACAAAAUAAAUCCCUUCACUUAUCUAUUAUGUAAAAUUUAGAUUGUAGCUUGGUUCAUGUAUGCUGGUAGCCAAGAUGUAAAUAUAUGUACACCUUUUAUUCAGCCUUUUGGUUUGUCUUGCUAGCUAAAACUGCACUUUUUAUCCAAAUAAAAAUGCCCUGAAAGUAUGUAAAAAA